AUGGGUCUGCUGUCGGACCCGGUGCGCCGGCGCGCGCUCGCCCGUUUGGUGCUGCGGCUCAAUGCACCCCUCUGCGUGCUGAGCUACGUGGCCGGCAUCGCCUGGUUUGUGGCGCUGGCCUUCCCGCCGCUGACCCAGCGUACCUACAUGUCGGAGAACGCCAUGGGCUCCACCAUGGUGGAGGAGCAGUUUGCAGGUGGAGAACGGGCCCGGGGCUUUGCCCGCGAUUUUGCUGCCCACCGCCGAAAGUCGGGGGCUCUGCCAGUGGCCUGGCUGGAGCGGACCAUGCGGUCAGUGGGGCUGGAAGUGUAUACGCAGACCUUCUCCCGGAAAUUGCCUUUCCCGGACGAGACCAACGAGCGCUAUAUGGUGUCUGGUAACAACGUAUAUGGCAUCCUGCGGGCCCCACGUGCGGCCAGCACCGAGUCCCUGGUCCUCACUGUGCCCUGUGGCUCCGACUCCACCAACAGUCAGGCAGUGGGGCUGCUGCUGGCACUCGCUGCCCACUUCCGAGGACAGAUUUACUGGGCCAAGGACAUCAUCUUCUUGGUCACCGAGCAUGAUCUUCUGGGCACCGAGGCCUGGCUUGAGGCGUACCAUGAUGUCAAUGUCACCGGUAUGCAGUCCUCACCACUGCAGGGCCGUGCUGGGGCCAUCCAGGCAGCUGUGGCUGUCGAGCUGAGCAGUGAUGUGGUCACAAGCCUGGAUGUGGCCGUGGAGGGACUCAACGGGCAGCUGCCCAACCUUGACCUGCUCAACCUCUUCCAAACCUUUUGCCAGAAAGGGGGGCUGCUGUGCACACUGCAGGGCAAGCUGCAGUCCCAGGACUGGACGUCACUGGACGGGCCCCUUCAGGGGCUGCAGACGUUGUUACUGAUGGUGCUGAGACAGGCCUCAGGUCGCCCCCACGGCCCCCACGGCCUCUUCCUACGCUACCGUGUAGAGGCCCUGACGCUGAGGGGCAUCAACAGCUUCCGGCAGUAUAAGUACGACUUAGUGACAGUUGGCAAGGCCCUGGAGGGCAUGUUCCGGAAGCUCAACCACCUGCUGGAGCGCCUACACCAGUCUUUCUUUCUCUAUCUGCUGCCUGCCCUCUCCCGCUUCGUGUCCAUCGGCCUCUACAUGCCUGCUGUCGGCUUCCUGCUCCUUGUCCUGGGGCUCAAGGCUCUGGAACUAUGGAUGCAGCUCCAUGAGGCCGGAGCAGGCCCAGAGGAGACCGUGGGAACUUCUGGACCUGCACCCCCUCUCCCUGCAACACAGGGCGUGGGGCUGGCCUCGCUUGUGGCCCCCCUGCUGGUCUCUCAGGCUGUGGGCCUGGCACUCUACGUCCUACCUGUGCUGGGCCAGCACAUUGCUGCUCAGCACUUCCCCGUGGCCGAGGCUGAGGCCGUGGUGCUGACAUUGCUGGCCAUCUACGCGGCAGGCCUAGCCCUCCCGCACAACACCCACAGGGUAAUGAGCACACCUGCUACAGACAGAGGCUGGAUGGCACUGAAGCUGGUGGCCCUCAUCUACCUGGCCCUGCAGCUGGCCUGCAUUGUCCUCACCAACUUCGCACUGGGCUUCCUGCUGGCAGCCACCAUGGUGCCUGCUGCUGUGCUUACCGAGCCCCACGGGCCCCGGCCAUUCUAUGCUGCCCUCCUGGUGCUGAGCAGCCCGGCGGCCACACUCCUGGGCAGCCUGUUCAUGUGGAGGGAGCUGCAGGAGGCCCCACUGUCCCUGGCCGAGGGCUGGCAGCUCUUCUUGGCAGCUCUGGCCCAGGGUGUGCUCGACCACUACAGCUUCGGCUCCUGGCUCUUCCCAGUGCUCGCCCUCGGCCUGCACCCCUGCUGGCUGCUCUUCUGGAACGUGCUCUUCUGGAAGUGA